AUGUUCGCUCCCAAGUGCCUCCUUAUCGCCUUCGCCCUGUUCGCCAGCCUCGUCUCCGCUGCGCCCAUUGAAUACUCCAGUGAGGGAGAUCUCGCCUCUCGUGAGCCUGAACCAGGCAUCAAGAACCUAUUCCAAGCCGUUGGCAUUGCCCGCAAAAUCAACAAGGCAGUCAAGCCCAAGCCUAACGGCGCCGUCUUCUGGAGUGGAACAAAGACGGACAAGAAGGGAAAACAAACCUCUGUCAGAGCAGACGCCGAGAAGUUCGCGAAGAAGCACGGGAAAGAGACGCUCAAUAUGCAGCUUAACAAGCACGGCGUAAAUAUCCCUGACAAGAACCCCCACUCGCCGCGCCUCUGGAACGUCGCCUCAAAGCUCAUGGCUCACCGCGCAAAGGGAGACACACACGCUUUCCUCGGCAGUAAAGUCCGCCCGGGGAGCGUUUGGAAUAAGAUCGAGAAACCGACACUCAUGAAGAACAAGAAGGUCACCAAAGUCACCGAACACAACGCAGCCACCGGGAAGAAGACUGUUACGAAGUCCAGGGGUGGCAGGAAGUAA